AUGUAUCUACUGCUAGCGACUGUCUUCACGCGCAGCGAUUCUUUCCAUUGGCUGAAUGUGUCGUCUGCUUCGUAACAAGCUGGCAGGCCACGUGACCCGCUGUUGACGACCAGCAGACGACAGAUUCUGUCAAUCACGUUUUGAUUCUGUGGUGUAAUCACAUUUCGUCUGAAGAACAUCUUCACAUGUUACCUAUGGAUUAACAGUGGAUAGGCAAUUUUCGCCUGUUUUCAUAACAUAUCACCAGCUUGUUGGCUUUACUUAUGAAAAAUGGAAUUGUGAUAUUUUUGGGGGAUCACCAUCCAUCUGUUUUGUCUGGGAUAAAACGGUUUCUUGCUUCCCAAAAGAGAGGAAUUAACUUUAUUCUGGCGCUGGAGUUUUGUGAUCGAUAUCAGUUUUAUCAACGUGUGUCCUGCCUGCAUCAAUUUAGUAAUAUUGUGGAAUUUAACUAAACCUGGACAAAGGCACGAGAACGUUGAACUGCGAUCCAUAUGACUCGAUGGCAGUCUUUGGAUGACCAAUCGUAGCCUGAAGGCCACGUCAAGAUGGCGUCCACGAGCCGCUCCCAGGAUAAGCUCACAGGGAAGAGGUCGUUUGAGGAAGAACUGGAGGUGAUAGAGAAUGGCGGUCUCAGCCCUCAGCCCUCCGUCCGGACUGAAGACGACGCCUGUUCCGAGAUCCUCCGCAUCGAGCAGAAAGCGGCGGCGGAGGAAAAAUACCGGAACUCCGCCAUGGGGAGGAUCGUCCGCACGCUACAGGUGAGAUGCAACGUCAUCAAGGCAUGGGCACAAGGGGGCCGCCGCCCUGCCCGGAGGCCCGAUUCCUUUCUGGAGCGGUUCGCCAUGGGGGGCAAGGACAUGCAUCACCACCCCGGGGUUCGACAGAGGAAGAUCUCAGACAUACGGUACUGGAAGCACUUCUACGUGGACCCGUCCGAGGGGUUCUACUAUCGCUGGUUGUUCUUCAUCUCACUGGCAGUCACAUACAACGUCGUCUUCAUCAUCGCCAGGGCGGUGUUCUGGGAGCUUCAGGAACAGUUUCUCUCGCUGUGGCUCACGCUCGAUUAUCUCAGUGACUUCUUCUAUCUCCUGGACAUGUGGGUCCAGUUCAGAACAGGUUACUUGGAACAAGGCUUAAUGGUAACCGACCCUGCCAAACUCAGGAAAAACUACAUGAAAACUCGGAACUUCAUUCUGGACGUCGUGAGUGUCCUACCUACUGACCUUUUCUAUUUCCUCACUGGACUGAACACACCAGAGAUCAGAUUUAAUCGCCUCCUCAGAAUGAAAAGGCUCCUGGAGUUUUUUGACCGAACUGAGACGCGAACAAGCUUUACCAAUAUGUUUCGAAUUUUUCAUCUUGUGUUGUAUAUAUUGAUAAUUAUCCAUUGGAAUGCAUGUAUAUAUUUUGCAAUAAGUGGACUUAUCGGUUAUGGCUCGGACGGUUGGGUCUAUGGAAACGUGACUGACCCGAAGUUCAAGCCCCUCAGUCGGAAAUAUAUAUACAGUUUCUACUGGUCAACCUUGACCUUGACAACAAUAGGAGAAACUCCCCAGCCAGAGAGAGAUGGAGAGUAUCUCUUUGUGGUGGUGGACUUCUUAAUCGGUGUGUUAAUCUUUGCCACAAUUGUGGGAAAUGUUGGAAGUAUGAUCACAAACAUGAACGCAGCUCGUUCAGAGUUCCAGCAAAAAAUGGACGGUGUCAAACAGUACAUGGAGUUCCGAAAAGUCAGCAAGGAACUCGAGGAAAGAGUCAUCAAGUGGUUUGAUUAUUUGUGGACAAACAAGCAAUCAUUAAAUGAGGAGGAGGUACUAGCAGCAUUGCCAGACAAACUGAAAGCCGAGAUGGCAAUUCAUGUGCAUUUGGAAACACUAAAACGUGUCAGCAUUUUUCAGGACUGUGAGCCAGGACUCCUGGUGGAGCUUGUGUUGAAGCUCAAACUUCAGGUGUUUAGUCCCGGGGAUUACAUCUGUCGAAAGGGGGACAUUGGUCGGGAGAUGUACAUUGUCAAAAGGGGUAAGCUAAGUGUUGUGGGGGACGAUGGCCACACGGUGUUUGCUACACUUAGCGAAGGAAGUGUCUUUGGGGAGGUCAGUAUUUUGAACAUUGCUGGAAACAAAACGGGCAACAGAAGGACAGCAAAUGUACGUAGUCUAGGAUACAGUGACCUCUUCUGUCUCUCCAAGGACGACUUGUGGGAUGCUUUGGCGGAGUACCCAGAAGCAAAGAGGAAGUUGAUAGAAUGUGGACGACAGAUCCUGAAGAAGGAUAACCUUCUGGAUGAGGAUGCUAUGAGGAAGGAGGAAGAAAAACAGGAAACAGCGGAACAGAAGAUGGAUAGGAUCGACUCUGGGUUGGAUACUUUACAGACGCGGUUCGCCCGCUUACUAGCAGAUUUCAACAGCACUCAGCAAAGACUUAAACAACGACUUACUAAAGUGGAGAAGGUUCUGACGCGAGACGGAGACGCCCUGUCUAACGUUUCAGCGCUAGAACUGGAUCAGAAGUUAUGAGAUACAGUCUGUUUCUCUUUGACAUACUCUAUUCUGUGAUUUAUAUAAACGUCUUCGUGUAAAGCCCUUGUUAUCAGAGUAUAGAGCUGUUGACAGUGUUUCAGAUUGCAUUUUGGAGAAUAUUUUGAACUGCAUCAGAUAUAUAUGACCAAAUUUGAAUGUUACAAGAAAGCACCAACCUCGAACAAUGUCACGAAGGAUAUAUUUUCUCAGAAACGGUAAUAGGAUGACUACAAUCUGUGGAUGAGCUCCUGCUGUUCAAACGGAUGUAACCAGGUCUCCAGGAAUGUUCGGAGGGCUCCAUCUUAAAAUACUCAUUUUGAGAGCUGUAAAUAUGUUACAAAUAGAAUAAUUGUGUGGGUCGGUCAAGGUUAAAUUGGAUGUUUGUAUUAAGAAAAUAGUUUCGACUGAUGUAGUUCGUGUGCCAGGAUGAAUGAGAAUCUGUGGGACAUUAGCCUAAUGGUGAGUCAUUGAACAUUUUUUAUUUGUUAAUUUGUGACUAUUUAUUAUAUUAAAUAACAACUCGGAACAGAACUGAAACUUUGAUAUUAUAAUCAGCUUUGGAAUAACUAAUGACUUUUGAUGUUAAGAAAUUAGUUCUGUGAUAAGAGCUGUUAGAUAUUGUUGUAUUUUUUAUUUUGUUUGAUGGUUUGGUUUUCUUGACGUUUGAGUGCUGGUUCAUUUCAAACAUUGCGCUGGACGCUAUUGCAGGAGUAGGACACAGAGAUCUGGUUAGUUCCCCUCAGCUUGACUACAAACGUGAAACCCAUGCACUACAAGACGACAUCAAUUCUGUAAAGCUAGAGAAGAAUAGGCAGGAUGACACAUAAUCAUUUGCUGGAUGAGAGAUCAAAGGAAAGUGUUUUCAAAUUCACUUUACUCAUAUGUUUCUAUGAAUUUCACUUUCAUUAUUUCAGCCUGCAUUGAAAUGAUUUACUGUGUUUCCAAUUAACGUUAAUUUCGGUGCCACCUGUUUCACACAAUAGUGUUAAUGACUGCUGUUACUUUGACAACGUCAAACUCGUCAUUACUGUUUGAAGGCAUUUUAAGUAACUGUUUAAAGACGAUUGGCAUGCUGGAAGUUGUCGUCAAUGAGUGAGUGGUUGUACCACGAUUUUACCAAUAGCCCAGAAACACCACGGCGCUUCUUCCCGAGGCAAGGGAGUAAACUGACUAUAAAAUCCAGAUUCCACCCUUGCCGAACUAGGCUGGAAUUAUGUUAUAUUUUGGCUGAACAAACGAGUCCAGUCCAAUCAAAAUCGCGUCACGAAAUCGAUAUCCGGUGCAGAUCUCGGUCGAUUGUAGGAUUUGCAAAGCAUGUGUACCGCCAACGCGGCAACAGAUCUUUUCAUCUUUUUAUUCAAGGUGCUCACGUGAUUUGAUGCACUUCGCGAAGUAAAACCCGUUAUGUCACAAUUUAGAUUUUGAAUAUCGAUCAGAUCGUCUUUACUUGGCACCGCCAUUUUGUUGGAAGCAAAUGCAAAUGAUAUGAGAGGUGGAAUCUGAUUGGGCAAUAGGAGGGACAGAGAAGGGACAUAACUCGUAAUGGCCCCUGGUGGUGGUACGAUCGAGCCCAGUCCGGUUCGGCAAGGGUGGACAAUCGGACUUUUGCAGUCAUCUAAGUCCCUUGCCUCGGGAAGAUGACUGCGGCGAAGGACACAGAUAUUCUGCUUCAUAUACUAAAACUACGUGGGUGACGAGCUCGAGCUUUAACCACAAGGCGACCCCACCGCCCCUUACUACUGUGGUCAUGGGCCGUGGGGGUAUUUAAACUGUCGCAGCAAUACUUAUGUUAGAGAAAUUGUUUUACAUAUAUUCAAAUCCUGACAGUACAAUUGCAAGUGGAUGAGUGUGGUUAGUUUGAAUAGUAUUUAGGUUACAUCGCGGCGUGUCAGCUUAAUUUUGGUAACUGUGCAGAGUUGCGUCCCUUGGGCACGACAGAAACUUAUAUCGUGGGUUCGUGCCCCGAUUAUGUUUCUAGGUAUGUCAUGACCGUGUUCGUGAGGUGGAAUGGGGUUUAACGUCGCGUUCAAGAUUAUUGCACUUAUAUAGCGACGUGCAUGCGCGCGCGCGUGCGUGCGUGCGUGUGUGCGUGCGUGUGUGUGUGUGUGUGUGUGUGUGUAUGUGUGUGUGGCUGUUUGUACUAGUCCAGACUGAUGCCGAUUAGUGCUAGCCCAAUGAGAUACCAUGCCACAGUUUAACAUGAAUACCCCACUCAGACACAGUAUACUGACUCCGAGCCGACCAGUCCUUGUUUUAGACCCUUAAUGCCGAACGCUAGGCAGGGUGACUACAAGUACCAUCUUUUAACGUCUUUUGGUAUGACGUGGUCGGGGAUCGACCCAACAACCUUCGGGGGGAUGCUCUACCACUAGGCCACGGAGGCGUUCGACCGUAUUCGUGGGUUUCACCAAAGUGGUCAACGUCUAAGACAUGCAUGCUUUCAUCCCACAUAGACCUGCCACAUCGGGAUAUAACUGGAAUACUGUUCAAAAGUGGCGUCACACCUAACUCACAAACUCACUCAAUAACUAGUAUUUGGCAGGAAUCUCGAAGUAACGCAGUCGUAGACAUAUAUAUUUUUCGUGAUUUUCGAAUUCUGACAGACCAAUUAUCACAAUCGGGCGAUUGUCAUAUUCGGCGGUUCCCGGCAGCUAUCGUAUGUUAAGAUAAACAUCCCAAAACCAUUACGUUUUUGUGCCAACCAAUUCCAUCACAAAACACGUUUCUGUCGUAAUGUUUAUUUUUCUGGUGAUUAUCUUUGUUUGUUAUAUAAUAUUCCUGUCAUGCCAUUUUUCAGAACCAGCCGUAGCACCAGUAGGCAAUUACCUCCUCAGUGUCAUAUUGUAGAACGCAAGGUAUCGCGCAGUUUCUGGCAGCUCCGUGUACACUGUUCACACCAACGUUUGUCACAUCUGUAAAAGCAUUUAUCAAAUAAACCCCAGAUUCAAAUGUCGUAAUAAAUACAGUAUGUUGUGUCCCUACUACGCUUCCAUAACUAGGUGACGGUGAGCUCUAUUUAUUACUAUUUCUCAUAACACCAUGUUUGCGUUAUUUACCCUUGACCCACAAAAUGAUCAUAUGUAGUGAAUCAUAUGACGACGUGGCCCAAUGCAUAUGCAUACGAGCCCCAAUCGAGCUUAUACUUGAAACUGAUCACCUAAGCAUGUGCAUACGCAAUGUAUACAUUCUUGUGUUUACCUAUAUAUGUUAGAUUUUGACUUUAAUUUAUGCCUGUUUCCUUUACCACAACCAUAAUCACCUUUAGAUACAGUUCCUUAAGAAAACCACCCACUGUUCCUAAUUUUGUAUUCGUGGUCUUACGUUGUAGUUUGAGAAAGGUGUAUGUAUUUAUUCUUGAUAGUUUUAGAUGAACAAAAUGUGAUAUAAUCUUUACGUGUAAAUGUACAUUUCUUGUAUAUAGGUGUUAUGUCCAUUGCAAUAUACAGUGUAAUUUACAAGCGGUUGACAAUGGGACAGUGCAAGUCAGAGCGUGUGUGUAUGUGUAUGUGUGUGAGAGAGGGGAAGAGAGAGAAGAGACGAGGAGGGAGAGAGAGAAGAGACGAGGAGGGAGAGAGAGAAGAGACGAGGAGGGAGAGAGAGAAGAGACGAGGAGGGAGAGAGACUACAGGAUAAAUGAACGUGUAGAAAUAUAAAUGAUUUAUCCUUUCUGUCGUUUUCUAUGCUUGGCAUUCAAGAGCAAGCAUUUAGCUAAUAUCUGUGAUGUUUGUGGAAUGAUAAUAUACUUAAAUAUAAACUUUGUUUACGUUAUUUAAAUCUUUCACAGACCUUACAUAAGUUGAAGCAUAAAUUUGUUUUCCUGUACACGUGUAUUCACUUGACCUCAAUUAUAUUUAUUUUGGUAAAUUCAAAUAAGUUUUUUGCCAUCUAGAUUUCUAGAUUUAUAACUCAGACAUAUGAAAUGUCAGGCUAAGGAAUACUCUUUAUCGUAUAUGAUUUCUUUACCUUAGGCUAUAUUUCCCUUGUACCUGACAUUAUCCAGCCCCCUUUUUCAGCAUGGCAAGUACAACAGUGCUAUAGGACCAUAUCGUGUUGAUAGAAUUCAUUCAAAAGUACGUAUUUUUUUCGCCAAACAGAUGCAAUCAAAAAUACCCACAAUUACUCGAAAUAUUAUUCUUAUUUGAAGGUGCAUGUAACCUGUUCAAAACUGAAACCCCAAGAUAUUUUUUAGAAAGUAAUGUUUGGGCAAUAAAGGGAUAUUUUAUCACCAACGAUAUAAAGUAAAUAUUAGUCGUGCAGAUUCCCAAACAUCUGCAAACGUGCAAACGUGUGAUUAUCUCUGACAUAUAAAAACAUACAAUAGAAGACGUUAUUUAUAUUUCUUGACAAUGUAGAAGCCAUCGGAUUUAACGAAAGGGAAUACUAACAACAAAUUGAAUUUGUAGAACUGUUGUUGGGCCAAACAUAUUUACUAUCCAUAGUAAUGAUAUUUUUUAAAUAUAAGUUCCCAAUUAAUGAAAAGCAAUGAUCAACAGGGAGGACACAGUUGAACAUAUUUAGGUCGAAUACUUGACGUUUUGAAAAAAAAAUACUUUAGACGUCAUCACAGAGACUAACCCAUUUUAUUAUCAGGAGAGGCCCCGUGUUCUUUGCUGAAAAAGAAAUUAAUCGAUUUGUCGAGGUGCAGUUUGUUUACGCAAAUAAUUUUAUAUAUGUUAAAACAAUUAUAUAUUUUUUAAUGACGCCUAAAUGUUGAUCUUGUUUAUAUUGUUCCACCAAAGAAACUUGAGGGGUCCCUUAUUUAGAUAAGCCUUGCUAUCCCAUGUCUCUUAAGUCGAAAACCAAGAUAAUCAGUACAUAUGUUUUAAAAUCGAACACUCCAAGUUGAUAAGGUCCCACUUCUUAUCAAUAAUCGUGUACUUCGAGUGAGACAUUGUGUUAUAUCAUACUAAUUGGACAAUAGUACAUCAUUUUUACAGUUAAUGAGUAAAAAAGUAAUGAGUGAAAAUAAUGAACACGAUAAUAAAACACAUAUAUAUAAUUAUAACCUGGAUUGGGAAUAGAAAUUAGCAAUGUUGAAUGGGUUAGGGAAGGGUGCGUUGUUGCGAUGUGUUAUUUCAACUGGGGUGGUAUCAAUAUUCUCACGGGUCUUGUCUGACCAGCGUCUGCACGGUUCCCUGAUGCUUGUAUAUGAAUUCAAAGUGUUUGUUAUGUCGGUGAAACUUGUUUUUUCACGUACUUGUUACCCUCUGAGACCGCAGAGACUGUAGACUAUAGCAAACUAUGUAUUUAGGGCCCGUCCAUAUAAAUCUAUAUCAGCGUGAGUGACAGGAUGAUUGACGUGUGACAUUGAUUAGGAGUCGAUAUAGCCUGUAUCAUUCACAGGAUAUUCAUCAUACAAAUCCUCGUUGCGGGGCGUUAUGUUUCUUCUCAGCAGCCCGAAACCAGGACAUAUAUCGUUCAUGUCUUUAUCUGAAGAGCUUCAUAAUGUCUAUUGCACCAGCUGCUACCCGGUGGUUGACACCCGAAACGUCCGAAACACGUAUUUCCCACUCCCGUCGGGAUAUAUAUUGAAAUUCCAAAUUCAUUCAGAAAUAUAUUUUUUUAAAUUCUAAGCAUCCCUAAAUUUAGAUUAUAUUAUUUCUAGCCCCGAAAAAGGAUAUGGUAUCAAGCAUUUAUUGUAUGUUACUACGCAGACCCUAUCAUGAUACGUGUGCCGAAAAAGGCUUUUCGGAAAUAAGAUUUAUUUAAAUUAUCAAACCAGCCCCGAAGCAGGACAUUCUUCUAUUUUCUGGCCCUAAACGAGGAUAUGAUCCCAACAAAUAACAGAGCAUUAACGAGAUCAUAUGACACUAGCGUCACACGUUCUCAAGGGCAUUUAUUUCCUAAUAUCAUUAACAGAGAACCUUCAAUUAUAUCCAAAACCAACCUGAAGAAUGGUUUAUCUGGCCCCGAACGAGGAUAUGUAUUACUGUUUUUUUCUGCUCGGCGUUCUAUUGAUUCUUUCAUACUUCAUUAUGGUUUUUAAACCUUUAACUCUCUUACAGUCGCUGUUAACGAGACAUGUCUAUUGGUUUAAUUACAGAAAAAUAUUGAUGCUUUUGAGAAAACCUAAAUACGAUGAAAGUUCAAGAAAGUGUGUGCAUCUACAUUUGUGGGUAAUGUACUGUUUGCUGAGUGGUGUAUAAGUGAAGAGUUUUAUUCUUGUUAGUUUUUUCUUAUUCAGAUACUUGUUGUUUGACUAUUUUAAGCUUCGAUUGUACAGAACACGAGAAAUUGAAGCCAUAGUUUCCGAGGUUCGAGUUUUCAUUCUGUCAUGUUAUCUUGGCGUACACGGAGUCGAUCAUGAAAGUGUUCAUGAUACACUUCAUGAAGUCUGUCACUUUUGCCAAAUUCCAGGAUAUAGGUAUAGAAGUUAUUGAAUUCCAUAGCUAUUGCUCAUGAAGAUCUACAAUACUCAUAGUUGUGUAUAAAGACCUCCAUAUCACCUUCUUUUAUCUUUUUAUUUCAAGCGCCAUUGUUAAAACAUUUUAAAGGUAUUUUCAAACUCAUGCAUCACGCGAUCCAACGCGUAUUAUGUAUCAUUUCAAUCAGAAAUAAACUUUUCAUUCACA